AUGCCAUCUCCGUCCUUCGACCACCACGUUUUAGAGGUAUAAAUGAUGAACUUGGAGUUUAUCCCAGAGGAAAAUGAGAGUGACAAAAUGUUUAGAAGGGUGGUUGUGGAUUUAUUUCGUUAUCUUAAACUAUCCUUAUCUUUAUCGAACUGUUUUACUUUACUGCGUUCUGAUUUUGUUAGAUUGUUUUUUUCCAAUAGUUUUUUUGUUUAAAUUAAGCUCUUCAGAAUUUUGGACAUUUCAUGUCCAUGUUCCAGCAGCCGGGAGGGUUUUCACUUUUCAAUCCGGGAUUGUAUCCACAAUCCUCGCCUCAAACUAACGUCAUUCGCCCGAUCGUUCCGACAAACCUGAUCGGGGAGAUGGAUAAAGCUGGUCCAUCCUGGUCUAGAAGGAGCCGGUCCCGUAGGUCACAGACAAAGGUGACCUCGGACGGGGAUGUGCGUUCAGUGCACAGCAAAGACGAGGAUUGGGACGUCCCCCAGGCGAUCAAGAAGUUGAAGGGAAAAGCAGUACAGCCAGAAGGAUCUAGGAGGUCGGCCUUUCUGAGACUUGGCCAUGAUGGCCGAAAUCAGAACCGGUCAGCAAAAGAGCGGCUUGGGGUAGAAACCAUUCCAGCUAGUGCCUUUAAUCGUGCAGAGAGAGGAGCCGGACGACCUGGUCAGACCAGGCGAACGGAGCCAUCCCCACACGAUGAGCCCCAGCACAGCCGGGCACCACGAGAGGAAGAAGCCGAAAGCCACCCCAGGCACACGACCCGUUCACAUGUUGAACAACCUCGGGAUCGUGUGGGCCAGGUCGAGGCACGUCUGGAGAAACUACAACGCCGGGUAGACCGAGAAGAAAAGAAGAAGAUUCUGCUAAACGAAUCUCCAUUCACAGACCGGGUUCAUGAAACACCAUUUCCAAAGAAGGCGAAACUUGAAGUCCCGAAGUUCACCGGGAAGGAGGACCCGGAAAUUCACGUCAAAACCCUCCAUCAAAGUGGGCGGAUGAUGGGUCUUUCCGGGGAUGAGAAAUGUUUGCUUUUCUUCCAGACCCUCCGCGGCCGAGCCGCCGAGUGGUUUCAUAACUUACCGGCCGGUGAAAUCGAUUCUUUCGGUGAACUGGCUGAGGUGUUUCAAGAAAAGUUCAAAGAAAAAUGUACCAAGAGGAAAAAGUUUACCUACUUGAGUACAGCCGGGCAGCGAGAGCACGAGGAUCUGACAAAAUUCCUCACCCGGUGGAAGGAUGAGGUUGACAAGGUGGAGGAGAUGGACGACAAGACAGCAAUGUCCCUCCUUGUAUCUGGGCUCCGGUCCGGAGAACUAUACAAAGAAUUCUGCAGGAGGCCUCCCCAGUCCUAUCAAGAGGCCUAUAACACGGCCUGGGACUAUGCUGACGCUGAAGCCCAGGUGUCAUCCAAAAGGGAAGCCGAGCAGGGCCACUCAAAGGGAAAAGUUUCCUUGAAAAAGGAAAUUACAUUGCCCGGUAAGAUAAAAGCAGAAGUCAUGGAGGUAAAACCGGUCAAAACAGAGAAGAAACUGACCGGCGAGAAACAAUGGACGGAGAAGUAUUGCUCCUUUCACAAAACUGAUUCCCAUAACAUUGCAGAGUGUAACAGUGUGAAGGGGGUAAUAAAGAAGAUGAUUGAGGCCGGUGAGAUUGAUCCUGAAUAUCUGGCCCAGGCUAAGCAAAAGAAGAACCAAUGGGUCAGACCAGAAGGACAACCGGCCGGGCAGAAUAAAAAGAAGAAAACCGCCGGUAAAGAGCAUUUACAGGUCAUCUACGGUGGACCGGAAGGGGGAGAUUCUGCUUCCCAAAGGAAGAAGUGGGGGCGAGAACUCUACAUGGGGACGGUAGCCCUCAAUCCCCGGUCGAAACAAGCAAGACGGGAACUGAUCACUUUUACUGACCGGGACCUCCCCGCCACCAGAGAAGAUCACAAUGACCCCCUGGUUAUAACUAUGGACAUGGGUGGAGUCGAUGUCUCCCGGGUACUCGUUGACACAGGAAGUAGUGUCAACGUUUUGUACUUGGAUGCAUUUGAAAAGCUCAAGUUGUGUCGGACACGGCUUGAGCCCUUAAAGACUCCCCUGUCCGGGUUCACCGGGGACUCUGUUGAAGCUGAAGGGUCAAUCCUUCUUACUUGUGAGUUAGGCACAGGAGACCAGGUCAUCCAGAAGCAAAUGAGGUUUGUGGUAGUAAACAUCAAAUGUGUUCAUAACGCCAUCCUAGGCCGACCUGGAAUAAACAAGGUCCGUGGAGUCAUCUCCAUGGCCCACCUCUGCAUGAAAUUCUAUACCCCGGGCGGUAUAGGACAGGUCAGAGGAGAUCAAAAGAAGGCCCGACAUUGCUACUUGGAGGCCGUAAAGAAAAUGACCAAGGCAUUUGAGAGAGUCACUUUGGUCUCUCAGGAAGAAGAGCGGUCGAAGCUAGAGCCGGGCGAUGAAACUGAGCAGAUUGUUCUCCGAGAAGCCUUCCCAGAAAGAAUGGUACGGAUCGGAAGAGAUCUGCCCGGAGGACUUCGAGAUGAAAUCAUCUCAGUUCUUCGGGAAUAUGCAGAUAUUUUCGCUUGGAGUGUGGCGGACAUGCCGGGCAUUGACCGUUCUGUCAUAUGCCAUCGUUUGGCUGUGAUGGAAGGGAGCCGGCCUGUGAAACAAAAGAAGAGGCACUUGGCGAUCGUCCGUAGGGACUUUGUGAAGAAAGAAGUCAAGGACUUGUUGGCGGUCGGGCACAUACGGGAGAGGCCUAUUUACUAUGUGAGCAAAGCAUUAAAUGGGGCUGAAAGCCGGUACACUGCCAUUGAGAAAACGGCAUACGCGCUUUUCAUCACGGCCAAAAAACUGACCGCAUACUUCCAAGCUCACACCGUGGAAGUACUGACCGAUCAGCCACUUGGACCGGUCCUUCGAAAUUCGACCUCCUCGGGAAGGUUGAUCAAGUGGGCGAUGAUGCUCACCCAGUUCAAAAUAGAAUAUAAACCAAGGACUGCAAUUAAGGGUCAAGCUUUGGCAGACUUCCUCGUUGAACUAACCGGUCUAGAGCCCGAAGCCGGACCCUCCCAUACGGUCGAACCGUGGUGGGACAUGGCCGUUGAUGGAGCCUCUGGACCGAAGGGAUGCGGGGCCGGUGUAGUCUUCACUACCCCGGAAGGAUUCAAGAUCUACAAUGCCUUGAUCUUCAACUUCAAACUCACCAACAAUGAGGCGGAGUAUGAGGCGUUGGCCGGUGGCCUUAGAUUAGCCCGGACACUCGGAAUAAAAAGGAUGAAGAUCCGUUCCGAUUCGAGUCUAGUGGUUGGGCAGGUCAAUGGUGAGAUGGAAGUAAAAGAGGAUCGGCUGGCCCGGUAUAGUGAUCUGGUCCGAGCGCUUCUAAGGGAAUUAGAAGAGUUUCGUCUAACUAGGAUACCCCGGUCGGAAAACGCUGAUGCAGAUAUGCUUUCAAAAUUGACACAAGCCUGCCUAGAGCAUGUGUCGAAGUUGGCGAAAAUUGAGAUCAUGGACGUGCCGAGUACAGACCGGUUUGAAAUCGCGGCUAUCCAACCGGGCCAGAAUUCGGCUACCAGGACAAUCGGAGCAGAUGAUGACUGGAGGCACGAUCUCAUGCAAUAUUUGAAGACCGGUCAGAAACCGGAUGACGAGGAACCGGCCAGAAAGGUGAUCCUGCGGGCUCCCCGUUUUCAGAGGCUGAACGGGUAAUAGCUGAGGUGCAUGAGGGAGUUUGUGCGGCCCAUCAAAUGUCUCGCACCCUGGCCCAAAGGAUAAUAUUGCUUGGCUACUACUGGCCG